AUGGCGAGCAAUGACUCCCCCAAACCACAAUUCCUCGCGCCUCCUGCCGUGACAGCGCUUAGGCAGGAGGCUCGGAAUAUCGAUCCCAAGAUGGUUCGGACAUUGAGUGAUGAUAUGCGUGAGGAACGAGAGGAGUUGAAGGAAGCGGCCGAACAGACUUUGAACAUCAUUGUGGAUAUGGACCUUGAAGGUCGCAUCAAAUGGGUUAGCCCAUCGUGGAAGCAGGUGGUGGGCUCGUCCCCUGAUUUAGUGGAGGGCCGGAUGAUCUCUGAAAUUCUGUUGGGCAACAAGGAUGUGUUUCGUGAUGCGAUCGAGUCGAUGAGGCAGGAUGAUUCGCGAAGUCGUUUCAUUCGCUUCGCCCUCGAAAUGGGACCUGAUUCUGUCUUGAAAUACUCACCUGAACUGCCCCCGAUGGCUCCAAAGCAUGAAACAGCCGAGGAGCAGGCGGAGCAGACCGUUGACAUUCCAAUUGAAGAUAAUCACAGUGUGCUCAACAUGGAGGGACAGGGUAUCAUGGUGUAUGACCGGACAGACGAUGAAGCUGGCCAUACUAUGUGGAUGUUGCGACCACUGACCGAGCCGAGAGAAGUGACAAUUGACCUGCCGCCUCUGCUGGUGGAGUCUUUGGGUGUUGGAGCAGAGGUGUUGGCAAAUUACCUGACUGAAUUGGCCGAAGCUGCAGCAACAGAACCCGAUCCUUCCAAGCAUCCCGCGCCGACUCCCGUUCUCUGUCGCAUCUGCGAGCGUCAGAUUACGCCAUGGUGGUUUGAGAAACACUCGGAUCUGUGCCUGCAGGAACAUCGAGCUGAGAUGGAUGUUCAAUUGGCACAGGAGAACCUUAACGAGCAUCGGCACGUUAUUGUCAAGGUUCUUGAUGCGCUGGAGGCUCGACAAGGCAGGCCUUUCAUCGGGACCGAUGGGAAUCCAGCCGAGUACAAGGGAUUGGCAAUUGGACCCUCGCCCGCCAGCUCCGCUCCAUCAUCAGGUGGUGUCUCAAGUAGUAAUUCAGCACCCGGGACGCCGCCUCGCUCGCGCGAUCAUUCUGCCUCUAGCGCCAUGCCGAAUCGACCCCGCUCAUUCACAGUGCGGAGACCAUUGGCUCGCAUCGUCGAGCUUGUUCUUGAUUUGUGCGAUACUUCACUUGAGAUCAGUAUGCCAAUGAUCAAAGAAUCUUCUCGAACAGAUACAGAAGACUUCCGGACUUUGUCCCCACAAUCCGAAUCGCGGAUCUCCCAGGUUCUUCAGUGGCAGUCCCCUAGCUCCAACACAUUGGAACAAGAACAGGGUCUAGCCGCAUUGUCAGCAGACACAGAACAAGUUGCCAAGGCAAAAGUCGAUGCCGUCGUACGUCAUCGCAAAAUUGUUGAAUACGCCGAACGCAUUCGCAUAGAAUAUACAGUUUUAGUCGAAGAAUGCAUUGGGGCUGCGCUAAGCAAAGCGGAGCGUAUAGCUGCUGGCCAGCUCAGCGAUUCUUCGUGCUCAUCAGACGAAGAAAUGCUACCCGAGAGCAAUACCGGCAGCAAUCAUGGUCUGGACGACACCAGCAGCAUUGCCGAGGAAGAGCCCCUCUCCCAAACCAUGAGUCAUGAAUGGCAGCAAAAGCCAUAUCCAACAGCACCCUCCCCACGGCGACCAACAUCUGCAUUGACUUUGUCAAUGCGCAAUUCACCGGAUCGGUCAUUGCUCUCACAAUCAGAACGCAGGCCAUCAUCCACAGCAGUUUCUACCGGCUCUAACAGCCCGAUGGAAUGUCCGACUCCACGAUCGCACAAGAGUGCUGCGGGACUUUUGGGUACCUCGCAGCCUUCCCGACUGGGCCUCUCUUUAGCGGAUAUUGAUGCUGGCGAUAGUAGCGAUAGCAGCCUACCCUCAUCUGUCUUCCCAGGAGGCGUAAGAACAGAUUCGCCCUCAUCUGAGAGAAGUUUCGACCGGAAGCGCCGAAGUCUAGUGCUACCUGGACUCUCGAGUUCUCCUCGGCGGCAGCCGUCCCCCGCUCGAGUUCCCGGCCCGCAUUCCCCAUUGCGCAUGCCGAAGCCUCGAUUGUCUACUGGUGCGGAAGGAUUGCCGUCACCAAUUGUAUCUCCAUCCACAUACGCAAGUGAACUGGCCUAUCAUCACUGCCGCCACCACCGUAGGGAGUCUUCAGCAACUUCGUCAGAUGUAGCGAAGCCACCGCCGUCCCCACGCCUACCUUCAGUGAGUCAGCAACAGCCUCGACCUGCUCCAUUGUCUAUUAGGGAUUUUGAAAUCAUCAAGCCAAUCAGUAAAGGUGCUUUUGGCAGUGUCUACUUGGUAAAAAAGAAAGCCACUGGGGAGUAUUAUGCGAUGAAAGUUCUGAAGAAGGCCGAUAUGAUCGCGAAAAAUCAGGUCACCAAUGUGAAAGCAGAACGAGCCAUCAUGAUGUGGCAAGGAGAGAGCGACUUUGUGGCCAAGCUUUACUGGACAUUUUCCAGCAAGGACUAUCUUUAUUUGGUGAUGGAAUACCUCAACGGAGGUGACUGUUCAUCACUUGUCAAGGUUCUUGGUGGCCUUCCUGAAGAUUGGGCUAAAAAGUACAUCGGCGAGGUCGUGCUUGGAGUCGAACAUCUUCACAACCGAGGCAUUGUGCAUCGUGAUCUGAAGCCUGAUAACCUUCUGAUCGACCAAAAAGGUCAUUUGAAGCUGACGGACUUUGGACUAUCGCGUAUGGGGCUGGUUGGCCGUCAAAAACGCGUGCUUAAGAGCCCUGAUGAGUCUGCACCGGAUCUAUUGAAGCAAGGUUCCUUCCCCCGUGCCAUAUCGGUUGCCUCUUCUCGAUCAGCGUCAUUUGACUUCCAGGCCAGCUCACCACCCGGGUCUACCCCACUGAUUACACCUGAAGUGCCCGCCAAUGCCAUCCAACCAUCCUACUUCAACCUCAACCAAGGUGGCCUGAGUCGGCAAGGCUCUCGUAGAGCCUCUGGAUAUCGCAGCGAUAGCAUGGGUAGUGAUGGUCUCAAUGGAAUGUUUAGAACAUUCUCGCUAAACGACAAUGCGCAUGAGCCUCCUAUCUCGUCGCCAAGUAUGUUCUCAACCAGUAUGGUUGAAGAGGAGGGUCAGAGUGAGGCUGGCGAGUCUCCUCGACUUCAACCCCUGCAGCCAACAUUUAGCAAUCCGCUGGCACAGAAUACUCCUCCCCAUCAGGCUAUGAUACCUCCGGUGAUGGCUCUAUUUGACCCCGAAGACCACGAUCGCCGCUUUGUGGGAACCCCCGAUUACCUAGCUCCGGAAACUAUCAAUGGUGUCGGGCAAGAUGAGAUCAGUGAUUGGUGGUCGUUGGGUUGCAUCAUGUUUGAAUUCAUCUUUGGAUACCCCCCUUUCAAUGCAGACACACCCGACGAGGUCUUCGAAAAUAUUCUCCAUCGCAGAAUCAAUUGGCCGGACGACCCAGAGGAAUAUACUUCCCCGGAGUCCUUAGAUCUUAUGAAUAAGCUCAUGACUCUUAAUCCUGGUGACAGAAUAGGAGCCAACGUGGAAGAGAACUUCGCAAAUGGCGGCGACGAAAUUCGCAAUCAUCCAUGGUUUUCCGAGAUCAACUGGGAAACACUGCUAGAGGACAAGGCACAAUUCGUUCCAAACAUCGAAAACCCGGAGGAUACAGAGUAUUUUGAUUCUCGCGGUGCCACUCUCCAGUCUUUCGCAGAGGAAUUGGAAGAUGAGAAUUCGCCACAACCGCCAACGUCCAAUGGCCCAGACCGACCUCAUGAUGCACUGUUCAAAGUUAGAUCACAAGUCAAUUCGACAAAACGGCCAUUGAUGCCGCUGCACAUCCCUCCUCACGUUCGUGAUGCGCGUGAUUCACGAAGUCGAAGAUUGAGUGAACCGGCUUUGGCCGAUGAUUUCGGCAGCUUUAACUUCAAGAAUCUUCCGAUGCUGGAGAAGGCCAAUAAGGAUGUGAUCCAAAAGAUGCGACAGGAGGCUCUCCAGGCGCAGCACAGACAAUCUACUUCAUCCUCCGCCGCUCAGACGCCCAUCAGUUCGUCCCAGCCCUCCUUGGAGGGUAGUCCUCUCCCCAUGUCACUUCAGCGAACUUUGUCACAGAACAAGGGCAACAACCGCCCUUCCUCUCCAUCCGGCCUGAGUCAGACGAACUCGUCCCCCAGCAGACCGUCACAGCCAUCAUCUCCCCUCCUAGUUCAGUUCAGUACAGGCACCAAUCAAGAACGGCGCAAGACCUCGGGCUCCUCAUCAGCCUCCCACCAAUCAAAUGGACCCUUCCAAGCUUCCUCUGCAGACCAAGGCCGUAUGCCAAAUCUCAGGCUGGGCUCGGUGGCAUCAUCUCCCGUCAAGCCUAACAGGAUCCCAGCUCAUUCCCCGGAAAAGACACCCACCAGCCAACGACAUGGCAGUGUCCCAGCGAGCCGUACACGAUCGCACACAAUUGGGUCCCAGGAUGGGGAUGCUUCCUCAUUCCCGAAGGAACCAUUUGUGCCCCAUCAUCAUAAACGCCGCAGUCAACUCUUUGACAUCUCACCUUCGUCUUCUGACAAUGAAGAUCCUCGCACCAAGGCACUUUUAAAGGUCCAACGUCGCCGGCAAAGUUCUCGCCGGUUAUCCCAAAUCAACAUCAUGGAAGGCCCUUUCUUCCGUCCAUUAGAUGUGCUCAUUUGUGAAGAUCAUCCCGUCUCUCGGCUGGUCAUGGAACGACUGUUCGAAAAACUUCGCUGCCGAACCAUCACUGUUACAAAUGGCGCGGAAGCUGUCAGAUACGCUCUUAGCGAAGUUCAAUUUGAUAUCAUCAUGACUGAGUAUCGACUUCCUCAAGUCAACGGUGUUGACUUUGCUCGAAUGGUCCGGGAAACACGCAGUGCCAACAGACAUACUCCUAUCAUUGCUGUGACUGGCUACUUGAAAGACCUCCCGGAAAACCACAAUUUCGAUGCUUUGAUCCAAAAGCCCCCAACUUUGCCCAAACUCACCGAGGCGCUGUCCAAGUGGUGUGUGUGGAAGCCCCCUUCUACGGAUUACAGCCCCUCCCAACCUGUUCCUGUUCCGGGCUCCGGUGUUCGGUCCAGUGCCGUAACAACCGAGGAUAGUCCCAGUUCCGCAUCCUCUGGAUUUGUGCUCAACCCCCCCAGCUCUUAUCGAGGAUCUAGCCGGGAUGACUCGCUUAGUAGUAGCAUAUUUGGUGAUAUCGAGACCUUUAAGCCAGAGGAUGUCCCUGUGAUCAUCAACCGGAACUCGGAUGACUGGGAUCAAUGUCACGGUGGAUUGGGAAUAUCAGAAGAGCCAGGGCAACACUCAGGAAAGUCAGAUCCUAAUGUUGUACCUGUUCCCGGCCUCCUUCAUGCCGCCUCAGCACCCGCGGCCAUGGACGCCAGUGGUUGCAUGACGCCCCGAAAGCAACGGUCUAGCGAGGCCAUUCGUGCCAAAAGGGAAUCGCUCGAGAAAAAGCGGUAUGAAGGUGCUGAAUCGGGCGAUGAUGAAGAUGAAGAGCUUGGAAAUUCCCAAACACGUCGCAGUCCACCCUCACGAAAUCAUCGGCCCGGCUCCAAGCUCGGAAUCGAAAUGAUGCGGACCAACAGCCGAGGGAGUGUUGUCAGUGGAAGCGAGGAACUGCUAAAGAAAGAGAGGGAGGCGCUCCGAAGCCAAGGCGCGGAAUUUGUUGAUAACGAAGGUAGCGAGGGGUCUCUGGGCUCGCCUGCCAGCACGAGCUUAGAGGACCGUUUCGAGGCCGUCAGCAUCCCGGAAGAAUCCGAAGAUGAAGAACAGCUCAGUCCUCGUCACUCGCCCUCAGGAUCUGGGCCCCUCGCCUUUCAACAUCACCGUCCAUCUUUAGCCCACCAAGACACGUCCAUCUACUCGGGACAUUCCCAGCACCGCCAGUCGAUCAGCAGUCCACCAAUGUUGAACCAGGGCCAAAAGACGCCCCCGUGGGAUUUGGCCCAGUGCACUUCCCACCCUGCUGCCCCACCAAUCACUCCGGAAGUGAAGAUAUCAGGUAAUGUGCUGACUCCAGAGGCUGGGUCUGGUGCGGACACCGACUGUAGUCCUACACCCGACUCUGAAGCUACGCCACGACCUCUUCAUCCUUCCCCCAGCCCUGAUCCUGAGCAGACCCCUCGUCCCGCGGAACGCCAUCGACCGGACUUGACCUUCACCUUCAAAAGAUAG